AUGAGCUCUGACCCUCGCCAAGCCACCGGCGCGAGCGGAAAAUCCAAACGUCGCUGGACCGACCCUGAAGACGAUGGCAAAAUGAACGGCCCGGACGACCUAUCAUCCCAGCCGAAGCGGCAGCGCGUGUCGCGUGCUUGCGACAGCUGCAGAUCUAAGAAGGACAAAUGCGAUGGAGUUCAACCUGUGUGUUCAACAUGUGCACAACUAUGCCGGCCAUGCACCUACAAGGCCAAUCCAAAGAAGCGAGGUCUGCCUACCGGCUACAUCCGUUCGCUCGAGCUGCUCUGGGGGCUGGUCUUCCAGAAGAUUCAAGGCAGUGAAGAUGUCAUGCGAGCCUUGAUGAGAUCCGUCAAUUUACCCAGUCACCUUGCCACGAUGGGCAAGGAAGCGGAAGGGUCGGAUACCCUGCUGUCAUCCUUCAAGAACAGUACAGUCUUGAGGGAUAUUGAACGAAUGCUGGUCGUCUUGGAACAGCCUGAAGAGGAGAGGGAUCGCAGUUUACAGGCGUACGGUGAAGGAGAUACCCCGUUGGAUGUCGAUGGGAUCCUUGCCUCCUCUGACGCUCAGGAAUGGCAAAUUCCAGAAGGACUAGAAGCUCGCGAGACACCUCUCCCUGGGGUAUCUCCCUCGCGCACUUCUAUGGUCAGCUCUGCACCCCGACCUCUUGCAUACCGCACCCGAGACUCGGGUGCCCAGACAACAACCGCGGAUGGAUUUCAUUCACCCACCCUCGCCAUCUCCCUUAACCAUGACGACCCCAGAGCGAUCUCAACCAACUCCCCACUCCAACUUCCGUACAAUGCCUGGCCUCUCCUUGACAUCUAUUUCUCAUACACACAAUGUUGGCUCCCCAUUCUGGAAAAGCACGACAUUCUCCGAACAGCAUUUCAAUAUACCGAAGGCGACGUGUUCAUGACGCGUACAGCACCUGGGUCCGGCGAUCAUGCCGCCCUUUGGGCCGUUCUUACCCUCGCCUCUCUUCAAGAUGCAUCCAUUACUGCUCGGGAGUCUGAUCCCCUCUCUGUUCGGGUGAACCCGUCACAACUCUACAACACCGCCCGGGACCUGAUCCCCGCGGAGACUGGCCCAUUUGAAGUAGGACAUGUUCAAGCCUUGCUUAUCCUAUCUCUCAUCAAGUUCGGUCAGCAGGAAUGGACAUCAGCUUGGAUGUUGGUGGGUCACUCGGUCAGAAUUGCUCAGACACUGGGUCUGGACCAGCCCUCAUUCCAUUCAGUGUCCUCAAGGUCCCCUGAACAAGGAAAACAAUUAGGGCGAGCGAAGCACGUCUUUUUAGGUUGCUUUGUGCUAGAGACGCUCAUUGCGGAACAAACCUCGCAAUGUCCAUCGUUGCGAAAGGACGACCUAGCUCGAGUGGGGUCCAUCAAUGAAGAUGGACUAGAAGAAUGGCAUCCUUGGGAGGAUAUGACUGGUUUAAGACCGACACAGGCAUCUCGAGCCUCAAUGCAACGGGGGCCGCUUCAUGCAUUGAGUACCUUCAAUCGUCUUGUAUCUCUGGUCUCCAUUCUGAAUGAUCUUUGUUGCUAUAAGCAAGAUCCGACUAUUUCCCGAUCACAACUGGAGUCCCUCGAACUCACUUUGCAUCGUUGGGCAGCCGCUCUACCAAAAAGCUACAGAGUAGACUUACAAAGUCGGCCAGUCAAGGUGGCAUCGCCGCAUAUAUUCUCACUCGAGAUGACAUAUCAAAGCAUCACCUCAUCCUUGAGCUUGCAGAUCGCUACACGGGAGAGUGAUCAGAAUAUCCCUGAAAUGCCACAUAAGGCACGAGCAAUCGAUAGCUCCAGUCGGUUGUUAAAUUGCCUUCAGGCUUACUUGGAGACAUAUAGCCUUUCGGCGACCACGCCCAUUUUUGGCAUGAUAUUGAAAUACUGUCUUCCUCGCACCUGCUCGCGCGACGUCGUAUCCGACGUCGAGCUUAGUCUGCGAAAUAAGAUCCAAUCCUAUUCAUCGCAUCUUGUGCAGCUCUGGUCUGUAUCAGACCGGCCACACACGGGCCAGACGACUGCUCAGAUAAGCCAGGGGACGAUGGCAUCACCUGCGAUGUCGCAGCAACCCGAUGCAGCUGAAGACCCUUCAUUGCGCCAUCCUCACAGUCUCCCGCCUUCGAGCACUCCCCGUCAUCUCACCGGAUCUACGGAGGCACAUGCUCCUAGCUCCGCGCAUCCUACAUCGACACCCGACCCUUUCAUCUCUACUCCAUGGCUCAGGACUGCUCAAAACAUGGACGAUGGAGCACCAUUGCUAUCAACACCCACCCCAUCUUUGACCACCAUUGGCGGCGCCUCGGAGGUCUCGGCGCCACCAGGCCAAUUAGAUGGAGGGCUAGGUAGUGGUCUUCGCCAGUCUGCCUCUGCCCCUUCAAAAUCCCAUCCUGGCCCAGCAAUGCUCCCCGACCUUGCCCCUCAAUUCCCGCCAGGCACACAGUACCAUGCACCAUAUCAAGAUCCAUCUCUCGGUCUCAGUCCUUUCGUCGACAUGGACGGCUACGGCCCACCACGCCGACAGCAGCGAAUUGCUCCAGAUCUUGACGCACUAUUCGACGAGCUGGCGUCGCUGGACGGUGCUGAAAAACCCGACAAUCAACCUGAAUUCAUGCAAAACUUGGGCUUCGUCGCUGAUUCGGGAGUGCCGGAGAUGUACUCAUUUUCGAGUCAAAUUGAGCCUUUUCUGCUGGCCCAGACGCAACAAAUACCAAGCAAUGGAUCUUCCUCCGGGGUUCGAAGGGAAUCGCAGUCACUUAGCAUGUCCGGAACGCCGAAACGAUAA